CAUUAACCACACUGCGACAAUAUUAUGCGUCCGUUACCAAUAGCAACUUCAAUAUACGGUGAACAGAACUGUUGCUGGUUUUGUGUUAGUCUUGUGACGGAGACGGGAGGUGAUAGGAAUUCACUGGUCAUGAGUACCAAUGAUGAAAGCUGUCAUCACAGUGAUGAUGAAGAGGAAAGCCAGGAAAAGCCAAUUUCUGCACUUGCUCCUCAAGUGAACCUGCAAGAAGAAGUGCCAGCAGAUGUCUCUGCAAGCCCUGCAUUUCAGUGUCUAGAUGAGCUAUUUUCCAUUGGAAAAAUAAGAGGAACCAGAGUUGCUGAGCUGAAAGCCAGUUACACCUUGCUGCAUGAGACUUUAAAGAGUACACAGCAGUCAGAGAUCCGGAUGCUGCAGGAUGCUAAACACUUUACAGCAGAAAUUGAGAGACAGAAACAGGAGUUGGAGCGGGCUGACCACUUUCCUGAAGGAUUUGACACUGAAGUCAGUAAGAUGAGACAGCAGCUCUUGAAGUUUCAGAAUGACCUUAAUGAGGCAGAGGAGAUCGACUAUAACCUGCAGUAUAAGCUUGAGAGCUUACAUGAGGAAAAGAAAAUCCUGGAAAGAGAAUAUGGAAAGAUGCCAAAACCAGGUGAAUUAGAGAAGAAAACUAAGGCUUUAAAAGAUAACUGUGAAGAGCUGCGUAAAGAGAUUGCUCAAAGGAAACUGGAAAUUAAAGCAUUGAAAGAAGAUAUGGAGGUCAAGCAGAGACAAAUCCAACGUGAGCAAAAAGAGGUGGAUGAGAGAAAAGGUACCCAGGAAGAUUUGAAGGCUGAACUAGUCCGACUGCAGUUCAUUACAGUCCAGCUUGGGAAGGAGAUUGAGAGAAUAAACCCAAAAAAGAUGGAUGUGCAAAAAAAGAAAACCGAGCUGGAAGAGCAGAUCUCUGAACUAAGUAUUGCUCAGAAACAGACUGAGAUCAAAUGCAGGAAGAUAGGGGAUGAGAAACAAGAGGUCAUGAAGGAGCUGGAUGGGAAGAGGGCACUGCUGGAGGAACAAGAGCGUGAGCUGAACAAACUGAUGAAAGAACUGGAAACAGGAAAAGAGAAUGAAGUACAAGUUAUGGGAGAAAGAGCUAUUCUCGAUCUGAAUUUACGCCACCUUUUGAUGGAAAAGAAAACUCUACAUGACAGCAUGUCUCGGAAGCAGAGGGAGAAAGACAGAGAUCUGCGCAAUCUGAAGAAAAUGGAGUUGCAACUCAAGUUGGCAAAUGAUGCAUUAGCACAUAUUCAGUCUCUGCAUGAGAAAGAAAAAUCCCAGAUGGAUGUCUUCCCCAAGGAUGAUGGUACUCAGUUAGAAAGAAGAAAAGAAUUGCAAAAGGAAGUUGAAAUGAUAAAGCAAAACUUGGCACAACAGCAAUCCCUGACAGAAGUGGAAGCCCGUAUGGUGGAGCAGUGCAUUGCUGAGGAACACAACCUUGUUGAAGAACUGAAUCGUUACCGAGAGGAAGUGAUUCAGCUUACCCGCCUGGUCCAAAUCAAGGCUGAUGAGCGAGAGCAGAAAUCAAGGGACUUUGUUAAAGCUGAGCAAAGAGUCAAUCGCACCAAGCAAGAAGUUAAAGCUAAAAGUCUGGUAAUACAGGAGCACAAGAAGAAAUAUCAGGAAAUUCAAGCGAGACUACAUAUAUUUGCAAAUAUAUAUGACAUCAUAAAGAGUGAGAGGAAUAAAUGUGUCAACCUCAUCCAGACAGCCUCACAGAAAGCAGCAGAAAUGAGGGAGAAAUCCAAAAUCCUGGAGAACGAGAUCGACAUUCUGAUGACCGUUGCCUUUAAAAAAGAAAGGCUACUCCAGAAAUCCAAGAUGAAGCAUCUCAUUAGCCAAACAGUGAGAGAUAGCAUAAGAAACGACAUCUCCAAAGUGAGUGACACACUGUACGAUAUGAGGGACAAGAGGGAGGAGCAAAAAAUGCACAUCGGCAAACUUUCCACCAUGAUCAGCCAGGCCGAGGAAAAUAUGGUGCAGCUGCGAAAGAUGUAUGAAACUGCAGUACAAAAUCGCAAUGACAGGGGAGUACAAUUAAUUGAGAGAGAGGAGGAGGUCUGUAUUUUCUUUGAAAAGGUGAACAUUCAAGACACCCUGAUACAAAAUGGAAAUCUUGAGGUCCAAGCCAUUGAGGAGGAGAUUCGCUUUCUGAAAUUACUGAUUGCUGAAGAGGAGAGGCAGAACGAGCAGAUACGUAAAAGCCUGCCACACCGACGAGCCCUUGAAGCAGACUUGGUUGUGCUGCAGAUACAGUUCUCACAGUGCCGGGACAGAACAUUAGAUCUGGAAAAAAAAGUGUCGGAUCCUUGCAAAGAGAAUCGAAUGCGGUUGCUUGAGGGAAAAGAUCCAUCACACACGGAGCUCAUCACAAAGGCAGAAGAGCUUGAGGUGCGGCUGGGAGAAAAAGAGGAGCUCCUGCUUGAAAAGGACCUGAUUUAUGAGCAAGUGACAAGGCUUUCUCAACGAGUCCGGACCAAAGCGGAAAAUGGCAAACAAGACACACUGGCACUGGCAAAGAUUAUGAAUGAGCUUCAGAACAAGAUUAAAGAGACUACAAGGAAGAUGAUGGCUCUGGUGUCGGAGCUGUCUAUGCAGCAGGCCAGUGCAAUGAAGAUGCAGCAGCAGGUGCAAGAGAAGGAGCAAUUCCUUGAGUCCUGUCACAUGAGGCUGGAGCAGGGCCUGCCACCCAGUCCUGAAAUGGAGUUGGAGUGGCUCAGGACAGUGAGGGACCAACAGACACGCAAUAAAGAGAAUGAAGAAAGAGCUAGGAUCAUGGAAGAGGAUCAGCAGUACCGAUUAGCAAAUGGUGUCUACACCACAUCUGAGCCCAGGCCCAAUGCCUACAUCCCACAAGAGGAGGAUGCAUUGCCUCUAGCCCGUCCAUAUGGAGCUUUGGCUCCAUUCAAACCUACUGAACCUGGAGCGAACAUGAGACACAUAAGAAAGCCUGUUAUCAAACCUAUUGAAAUUUAAUCCUGCUGUUUUUAAAUAUACCCUAAAGAAAAAUGUUUCUGUUAAUUUACAAUAUAUGAAAAAGUAAAUCAUAAUGUGCUAUUGUAAAUUAUUAAACUCAUAC